AUGUGGAAUGGGGAAUCCUCUCAUAUUUUGAGAAUUUUUGAUGAGGAGGAGCAAGCAAUGCGGUCUGCGCGCAACUCAUCCAGGAUGCUGGAAGAAUCUCUUGCAACUGGAGUGGGCAUCCUCGGCAAGUAUGUCGAGCAAAGAGAUCGCUUGAAG